AUGUCCCGCCAUAUCCCAACCCCGCCGGCUUCGGGGCCCGGUACCGCUACUCCUUCUUUGGCCCAAGGACCUCCUCCUCCCAUUAGACUCCCCAGUAUCCAAGAAAUGAUGUCACAGCAACAUCUCUCGGCUUCCUCGCCAACCUCUCCAGCCGUUUCGUCGGCCCCUCAUACCCCCCUCAUACCCGGCCUAAACCACCACCAUCCUGGACUUUCUCACUACCCGGCGGCGCCGGCGCCGUCUUCUUCUUCUUCCUCGUCGUCUUCUUCUUCCUCUCAUAGAUCUCACCAUCAUCAUAAUCAUUCCAGUCAUCAUCUCCAUUCAUCACAUCAACAAUCACAUAUUCCUUCAUUACCAGCUGCAAAUUAUACCCUAGGAGCGCCUCCAAUAUCUUCGGACCCAGCAGCAAUAAUCCCAAAGGAGUAUCCCUAUUAUCAACAACAACAACAACAACAACAUCAGCAACAACAACAUCUUCAUCUUCAUCAACAGCAAUACCCUCAACAACAUCAUCAACAAUACUAUCAACAACAACAACAACAAUAUGCCUACCCCCUGACACCAGGUCCUUCUGCAUCGGCGCCUGCAACCCAAGCGCGACCCCUGGAUAGUGGUGGUGGUGGCAGGUCUUCUUCAUCAUCAUCAUCUUCGUCGACGUCAUCAUCGUCUUCGUCAUCCCAAUCUACUCCUAAAGAUUCUUAUUCUCAUCAUCAACGACUUGCAUCUCCUUCAGCCGCAGCCGCAGCCUCAGCUUCAGCUUCAGCUUCAACUUCAGCAGCUUCAUCAACAGCAGCUUCUUCUCCAGCCUCUGCAGCAGACCCAGCAGCUCCUGCAAAAAAACGUCGUGGAAACCUUCCUCGACAAGUGACAGAGAUUUUGCGUCAGUGGCUAAACGAUCAUAUUGAACAUCCGUACCCAACAGACGAGCAGAAACAAGAGCUCAUGCGCCAGACUGGCCUUACUCUUAACCAGCUCUCCAAUUGGUUCAUCAAUGCCCGGCGUCGCCGGGUCCCUCAGUUGAAACGAGAUACAACUACGACAACUAGUAAAUAA